AUGUGUUCCUCCACAGUUACAGAAACAGGACUUAUCCCUGUUUAUCCCUUGAAUUCUGUCCUAUGCAAUGCAUCAAAAAUAGUUUCCAUUAAACUCUCAAGGCUUAUUCAGAGACUUAAAGGAGAAGUAGGAGAAAAAGGCCGUCCUGGUGUACCAGGAACUCCUGGAUUACAAGGAUCAAAAGGAUUCAAAGGAAACAAAGGAGAUAAAGGAGAACAUGGUGAUCAAGGAGCAAAUGGCACCCCAGGAUAUCCAGGCAGACCCGGAGACCCAGGAGAAGUUGGAUUUAAAGGAGAUAAAGGAAACCAUGGCCUUCCUGGAGUCAAAGGACAAAAGGGCUCCAAGGGGGAAAAUUGUGAGAAUGGCACCAAAGGAGAGAAAGGAGACAUGGGAGAACUGGGGUUACCAGGGGUUGAUGGGGAAAAUGGGGAAAAAGGAGAAAAGGGGGACAUUGGCGAAAAGGGCUAUUUGGGGGAUCCAGGGGAAAAAGGAGAAAGAGGAGAGAAGGGUGACAUUGGGCCCAAAGGAGAAAAGGGCAUUAAAGGAGACAUAGGAGUGGAAGGUGGGCAUGGGGAGGAUGGGCAAAAGGGAGAAAAAGGGGGACCUGGAAUUAGGGGUGACAAAGGAGACCAAGGUCCAAUUGGUUUGAUGGGGCCUCCAGGGGUGAAAGGAAGUCUCGGUUUCAAAGGAACCCGAGGAGCUCCUGGUAAAAAAGGGGCAAGAGGCCCCAAAGGUCCAAAAGGGGAGACCCCAACCCUCCCCAGAUCAGCAUUUAGUGUUGGCCUAUCCAAACCUUUCCCGCCCCCAAACCUGCCUAUUAAGUUUGACAAGAUACUGUACAAUGACCAGGAACACUAUAAUCCAUUGACAGGGAAAUUUAAUUGCAGCAUUGCUGGGGCUUAUGUCUUCUCCUAUCAUAUGACGAUACGAGGACGUCCUGCCCGCAUCAGUAUUGUCUGUCAGAACAAGAAGAUGAUCAGAAGUCGGGAGACACUCUAUGGCCAAGAGAUAGACCAGGCUUCCUUCCUUACCAUUCUGAAGUUAAAUGUAGGGGACCAAGUAUGGCUAGAAGUCACAAGGGAUUGGAAUGGGGUUUAUGUUAGUGCUGAAGAUGACAGCAUAUUUUCCGGCUUCCUUUUAUAUCCUGAGGAAAUAUUUGACACUCUGCUAUAA